AUGGGGCAAGGGAAUGAUGAAGACGAUGCCAACCAAUGUAAUGGUUCUGAGGGCCUGCCUCCAACUUCAUCAUCAAGCAAACUAAUGAAAAUUGAAGCAGAGAAUGGUCAACUUCCUUGGGAUGUGCUUGAUUUCAUUUCCAAGAAACUAGAUUUUGAUGACAUCUUUCAAAUUGCUGGAGUGUGCAAGAACUGGAGGACAUUUCAUAAAUUUUACUUGAGAAAUUUUAAAUCGUCCCAAGCACCAUUACUUGUUCUAACUUCUUCAUAUACUAAGAAAGCUUAUUUUUUCUUUAGCAUAUCUGAACAAAAAGUUUAUCACCCGAAGCUAGAUUGCUUCAGGGGCUUAUCCUAUUCAGGGUCAUCUAGUGGUUAUUUAGUUAUGGCAGGUGCUUAUAAACUUCUGCUAAUGAAUCCUUUUACAAGAAGAAAGAAGAAGGUAAUCAAUACAUUGGCCAUUCGACAUAAUUUAGGUUAUAUGUGUUGCCAGCCCUUACUUGCUUUUGCCAAAGGUUCUGAAGAAUUUAUCAUAGUGGUUUUGUGUAAACAUUAUAAUAGUUUGCAUAUCUAUCAAUCUCGACAUUCUUGUUGGGUUACUUAUUCAACAAUGGGAUAUCCAUGGAAGGUUGUAGACUUUGUGGUUUUGAAUAAUACUCUGUAUGCUAUCACUGAGGAGGCCAAGAUAGGGGUAUUGAGCCUGAAUUCUGCAAGUUUGAGAUUUCUAGAACUGAAGAAUACUCCCAAUGUAACAUCCUCAAGGCUUAACUUGGUUAGUAAUAAUGGUCAGCUUUUAGUGGUUCAUUUUGUACCUAAGGUAAUAUUGCAUGUGUACAAGAUAGACUUGUCAGCCAUGGAAUGGAUCAAGUUGGAAACUUUGGGUGACCUUGCAUUGUUUUAUGCUAAUGGCAGAAGCUGCUAUGCAUUGAGCUACCCUUGUAGGUGGGGUUAUGAAAGAAACUCUCUGUAUUGCAUUUCACCUUCAUUAGAGAAAUGCCAAGUAUAUUCACUGAAUAGUAAACUGAAAAGAUGCAUUGUACCUAGUGGACUUCGUGCUCCUCCUAGAUCAAGAUUCUAUUGGUUGGAUUGGUGUUUUCAACAUGUACAUGAGGAGGUUGAUUAUUCUCUGGUUGAGUAA